AAGGCUUAGAAGUAGUUGAUAGUAGUGGAGAAAGAUAGUUCUUUAAGUUUGCAAAAUAGAGGAAUGCCAAGGCUUAGAAGUAGUCGAUAGUAGUGGAGAAAGAUAGUUCUUUAAGUUAGCAAAAUAGGAAGAAACAUAUUUCGUUAGGAAUAUAUCAAAUAUGUCUUCAAUCUUGGAUGUUGAUUACUCUAUCAUUGAGGGAAAUUGGUAUUAUGGUUGUCUCUUCAGUCCUAAGAAAAGCACUAACACUCAAACAGUUUUUAGUAGUGGUGUUAAUGACAAUGAGCAUAGUGACGUAGAUAGGAAAUAUCAUGACAUUGCUGAUGAUGAAAAUCCCAAGCAUCCCAUUGCAGGGAGUAAGAAACUGUUGAGAGAAGAAAGUGGUAAUAGUAGGAGUCCAUGUUUUGAGUCAAGUGAUUCCAGUUCACCUAAAAUCUUCAUGGAAGAUGCAGAAGAGGAGGAUGAGUGUCUUGCAAGUAUGUUUAGAGCAUUGGAUGAAGAUGGUGACGGAAAACUUAGUUCAGAUGAGAUAGUGAGGUUUUUGGAGAGAUUAAGUCUUGAAAUGCCCAAAGAGGAGGUGGAAUUAGCUGUGAGAUCAGUGUCUGCAUGUGGUGAUGAGUUCCUCACUACCAUGGAGUUUGGUGAGUUUUAUAGAAUUGUAUUUUCAAAUGAGGAAGAAGUUGAUAUUGUGAAAGAUGAGGAGAAGGCAAUUUGUGAGGCAUUUAAUGUUUUUGAUCAGAAUGGAGAUGGGUUUAUCAGUGCAAUGGAGUUGGCUGAUGUUCUCUCCAGAUUAGGAUUUGUGGAGGGGAAGGAUGUGAGUUGCUGUGAGAGCAUGAUUGAGAGCGUGGAUUAUAAUGGAGAUGGGUUUGUGGAUAUUCAUGAGUUCAGGCAUUUAAUCACCAGAACUUCUUCUGCUUCUCAUCCCUGUCUUCAAUGUGUUGCUGCAGUCUAAUGGCUUUAUGGCUACCAUAAAUAUAUUCCAAUUGUAGAGUUAAUUUUAUGGCUACUAUACAUAUUGUAAGAGUUAAACAGUUGUAUGUAGUUCACUGCAAAUGAUGUUGUUAAAUUCACUGCAGUGCUGCGAAUGAUGUAAGAGAGAAUUCUGUAAUUUGUCAGCAAGCGAGCAGGUGUGUGUCUUUUCAGUAUUGAAUAUAUCGCUUUCCAUUUUUGUUCUA